UCUUGGUGCUGUUGAAACGUAACCGGACUGUCAUAGAUAGUUCGUAAAGCUCUAACAGAAUAGAAAUGCUCACCGGACCUUCUGUCUAUUCAGCCGUAUGAGAACUGUGCUAACUAGCGCACAGGAUAUCAUGCACAACCGUGUGCUUUUACAAAGUCGAAUCUCGAUAAAAGUGGCAUUGUUCAUCUAGACAUUACUUGAGAAGGAAGUAUUGUGUUCCAGAGAAGUGUCUGGUUUAACAGCAGUAACAUAUCCAGGCUGAAUGAACACUAGCAACUGUCUGACACUUAAUACAUGCUGUUUAGCUAUUAUUGAAGCAAACACUGCAGCUUGUAUAGAGGCUACUCUACUGUGUUUAUCCAGAGGUUCUUAAUUUAUAAUGAAAAUAUAGCAGCUAAAUUCAUGUUAAUAUUUCAGUAUUACUGCACAUUGAUUGCAACGUAUUUUUUUCAGUGGAAGGAUGAGAAAAGACACAUGAGGUUAAAGACACACCUUAAGGAAAACGUGUUUUUUUUUUUUUUUUUUUUUUUUAUGAUCACAAAGUGUAUCAAGGUUGAAAAUUUUUUUUAUUGAAUAGUGAUGGAGCAAACUGAUUUAUGAUGGAAGGUUGUUUGAAUUAAAAAAAAAUAUAUAUUUUUUUAAAAGGUGGCACCCACAUUUGGGGUAAGAGGCAUUGGUAUUGUGUAAAAGAAGUGGUAUUGUUUAAAUAUAGGGGCAAUAAAGGGAAAAUUUGUCAAGUAAGGAAAAUAGUUUUGAGACAGCAAGGUUUUUUAUUUUUCUUAUUUAUUUUUUAUUUUUUUUAUAAAAAAAUAAUUGAAUGCUUAUUCAAAAUAAAAUAAAAAUCUAUUAAUUUCAAUCACAUUUGGCAUUUCAUAACAUCUAUAUACAAAUUAAUCUCAAUUUUAAUUCAGUCAAUGUGAGCCCACUUUUAACAUUUUGCAUAACAAAUCUAUUCGCCCCACUAAAGAAAAACUUUUUUUUCUCGGUUUAAUCACAUUGAACAAAACAGAAAAUGAUAAAUAAGUAUUUUUUGUCUUAAAAUAAAUUUGAUAAUUUCAGGGAUUCUCAUUAGCUACAAAAAAAAAAAAAAAAAAAUUAAAUAUUAGAUAAAAUUACCUCAAAAUCAAACUUUAGACAUGCAAUGAUUGGAUCAGGAAUAUUUUGCCUAAAUCAACAACUCAGUCUUGUGGAAGUUAGAACGGCUAAAAUAGCUUAAAGCACCUUUAUGAUGUGUUACAUUCAUACGAGCAGACAGAGAAGUAAGUUUGAAGUAAGUUUGGAGCAGAAGAAAUAGAAAUAAACCUUGUGUAAAUAUUCAGCUAAGCUAAAAAUGCUGUUUCUUGCCAUUUUACAUGCACAUGAUACCAGGCACGGUCAUAUUUUUUAUCAAGAAAAUCCACGUUGGAUCAUAUAUAUAUAUAUAUAUAUAUAUUAUUAUUGUUUUUUUAUAUCUAGUAUAACCUUUGAUAUUAGGACAAACAUCUUAUUCUUGAUAAUAAUUUUUGUAUUGUUUUCCUGUAAAAAUAUCUAAAAAUCCUUAAAACAAGAUCAAUUUGAUUAAUCUUGUUUUAGAAACAACACUGCAUAAGAUAUUUAGGUUUUUCAGAGAAUGUAUUUUUAACAUGUGUAUUUUGUCUUACUGUACUGGCAGAGUUUUUAUAGUCAAAACAAGUGAAAAAAUCUACCAGUGCUGAAGAAGUAAUCCAAAGUAUUUAGAAUACAUUACUGACCUUGAGUAAUCUAACGGAAUACGUUACAAAUUACAUUUUACAGCAUGUAUUCUGUAAUCUGUAGAGGAAUACAUUUCAAAAGUAACCCUCCCAACCCUGUUUACUGUGUAAAUGACACAGAGAAGACACACGCUUACUCUAUUUCUGUGGAGUGAUAAAAUGAUGAAACAAAAUUUCAAAGGUUUUGCUUCUUGAGAAAUAAGGGCUUGUGGGUUUAAUCAGAGCAUUAAAAUAAGGUGUGAAAGUAAAGAAAUUAGGACAGAAAUAUUUUACUAUUGCAUAAUAUAAUGUAAAAUAAUAUUAGAUUAUAUAAAUAUAUAACAUAUAUUUUAUAUGAUAUAUAAUUUGAUAUAUAAAAAUUAUAUAUUUUUAAUGAGUUCCAAAAACAACAGUAUAAAGGUAAAAUUGACCAAAACUAAAGUUGACCAAAAAGAGAGACAUAUUUUAAGUGUUUAGAAAUAUUUAACUUUAUUUUGCAUGUUAUUCAUAUAGUUUUAAAUCCUUAAAAGGAAAUCAUAUAUACCUAUUUUAUUAUUUGAUUUAUAUAUUUGAAGUUAAAUAUGUAAAAAAGAUUUAAGGUGUACCUUAAGAAAUUUAACAAAUUAUUUGACAAUUAAUUAGGAAUGCACCGAUACCACUUUUUCUCUUCCGAUUCCAAUAUCGGAAAUCUCAGUAUCUGCUGAUACCGAUCUUUACAUUAUUGUGUGGAACUAAUUGGGAGUACCCUUUAAUAUGUAAAGAAACACAAACCUCUAACUGCACAUUAUUUCAAUAUAAAUGUAUAGCUUAUUAAGAAAAACUUUGUUAACUAGUAUACUGGAUAAUGUAGCAGCAAUAUUAACAGUCAUUCCAGUAUAAGUCAUCAGUAGAAAAGAAGCUGUUUUUUUUUUUUUGCUAAAUGUUUUCAACUUGUAUCUGGACUUUAAAGGAUUCAGAUCUCUUUUUUUGUUCAAUUUAGUUGUAAGAUAUCAGCUCACUUUUCAUUCAAACAGUUAUUUUUUGGAACCCAUUCAACUUAAAUAUUAUUAUAAUUUUUAAACAAAUGAUAAUAAUAAUAAUAUAUUAUAAUAGUAAUAUAUAGUAAUAUAUCUCAAUCAUGCUCCUUUUGUCACGGAUCCACUGGUCUCUCUCUCUCUUUCUUCCUCACUGCCAUCACAGCGCUCACUCUCCCCUGAGUUCUGAUUACACGCACCUGCAUAUCAUUAGUGGCUAAUCAAGCACUGCAUAUAUACCCUGCUUUCACACACACUCUUUGUUCUCAUCGAUAGUAUCUCUGUGUCUUGUUUGCAAGGCUGCGUGCUAGGUAGGACGUGUCCUUUGAAGGCUGCGGUAUAUCGAGCAUCCUCCUUUAAACAAGUCUCGUUUAAAUGAGAUGGCCUUCGUAGGACAAAUGGAAACGUAACGUAACAUGGUUGCUAUGACAGCACGCCACUCUUUAACGAGCGCGAGCGCUUUGAGUGAGAAGGGAACAAAGUCCCUCUGGAAGGGAAUGUAUGAGGUACAUUUUAGGAGAGUUAUAAUGAUGUAAAGAGAAAAGAAAAUAGAUUUUAUAGGUGUACUUUCAGUCUUAUAUUUUAAUUAUAUAUUAAUAUAAUUAUACAUAUUAUAUACUCUGCACCCAUCUAAUGAGGUACUUCAACUUGGGAAUUAACAUUCCUUGCAUUUGAACAUCAUAUUUACGGGCAAAUUGGCGUCAUUUUUUUAGACAUUUCCAUUGAAGCAAAGAAUUGUAGGUUGUGAGUGCCCGCGAAGGAUACACCUCAUGCAUCCUCUGAAUUCCCAUGAAAGGAGGUCGCAUUCGAAGGCUGAAUUCAGAGUGUCCUACUCGCUUUUCUGAAACGAGACAGCCUCGAUGACGUAUGCGGCCGACAAAUGCGACCUCGCGAGGACCCAGCCUUCAAAACGAGACAGCCCCAGAGACUCCAGACCUUUCUACUAUGUCAAACCAUACCUGUGUCUUCAUUAUUGCCUGCAAGUAUCAUAAGACUGUUCCUGGGUCUGAUGCCGGGCACUACAGGCUGGAAGCAUGCAGCAGAAGCGGAACAUUCAGAUCAUAGAAUGGGAGGACUUGGACAAACGCAAGUUCUACUCCUUUGGAGUAUUCAUGACCAUGGCCAUCCGUGCCACAGUCUACCCGGCCACACUCAUUCGCACCAGGCUGCAGGUUCAGAAGGGAAAAUCGCUCUAUGCUGGGACCUACGAUGCCUUCUUGAAGAUUCUCAGAGCUGAAGGUUUGAGAGGACUUUACAGGGGCUUCAUGGUGAACACGUUCACACUCAUAUCAGGGCAGGCGUACAUCACCACUUAUGAGCUGGUGAGGAAGUAUGUCUCCAACUAUUCUAAAGACAAUACGCUGAAGUCGUUAGUGGCAGGAGGGUCGGCGUCACUAGUAGCCCAGAGCAUUACUGUUCCUAUAGAUGUAAUAUCCCAACAGCUCAUGAUGCAAGGCCAAGGGGAGCAUCUGAGCCGCUUCAAAACAGCUUCAGGAGCACGGCAUCCAUUAUCAUUUGGGCAGUCGAGAGACAUUAUUGCACAGAUAUUUGCUGCAGAUGGCAUUCGUGGGUUCUACCGAGGAUACGUGGCUUCCCUUCUGACAUACAUCCCCAACAGUGCGGUCUGGUGGCCAUUUUACCACUUUUAUGCAGAACAGUUGUCCAAGAUGGCUCCCAGUGACUGUCCUCAUCUAGUUCUGCAAGCUGUGGCUGGACCUCUAGCAGCUGCCACUGCUUCCACCGUCACCAACCCCAUGGACGUUGUCAGGGCAAGAGUUCAGGUGGAGGGCAGAACAUCAAUCUUUGAAACUUUUAACCAGUUGAUCAGAGAGGAAGGAUUCUGGGGGAUGACCAAAGGGCUCUCUGCUCGCAUAAUAUCUUCAACACCAACAGCAAUAGUCAUGGUGGUUGGUUAUGAAACUCUUAAAAAACUCAGCCUACGGCCAGAGCUGGUUGACUCCCGACACUGGUAAAACGGGAAAAAAAAAACUUGACAGGUUCUAAGUCAUCUCCACUAUAACUUUUCCACUCCAUCUUAUUUGUCGUUUUUCCUUUUGAACUUUCUGCCUUUUGAUGCUUUAGUGUGACAUAGCAGAUUUGAUUUAGAGUUUUUAUGGAAGUAGUUUUAGGUAAUUGUAACAUUUCAGCUAGAGCUGUUAUUUUAAUGGAAAAACACUGCUCAGGUUUGCAAUAAUCAUUGUAAGAGGCACAUUAAUUGUUCUGAAUGAUUUUUUAAGAAGUAUGAGAUCUAACAGAUUGAAUGUUCUACAAAAAGAGAGUAUUUUGUCACUAAUUUAUUCUAAAUCAUUGUAUAAGUAGUAGUUGAAUGGAUACAGAAUAUUUCUUUUAAUGUAUUUAAUUUAAGGAACUCGCUGUAUCAGGCUGUCCCCACAGUGUCAUUUUGUCAGUAGUAGUGCAAUGGAUAUCAUAGUGUAAAUCAUACUUUUUAAGGUUUAUGUGCUGUAACUGUCUCCUCGCAUACUAUGUUGUCCUUUGAAUGUGGGAUGUUGUGAUGUUUUAAUUUGCCAAAGUUAAGAGAUAUUUAAGGAAAAA